CCCGCCGGCUCCAUGCGGGGCGAGCCGCCCGCCUGGGCCCCGGGGCCGGCGCAGGCGGCCGCGCUGCUGGAGGAGGCGGCGGAUCUGCUGGUGCUGCACCGAGACUUCGCCGCCGCCGUGGAGCGCUGCGAGGCGGGCUGCGACAGCCUGGGACCCGGCCCCGGCCCCGGCCCCGGGGAGAGUUUUGCAGAAGUGAAAUGCUCCCUUUGUGUUGUGGGGAUUCAGGCGCUGGCCGAGAUGAACCGGUGGAGGGAAGUUCUGUCUUGGGUCCUACAAUAUUACCAUGUCCCUGAACAUCUGCCUCCAAAAGUUCUGGAGCUGUGUAUCCUGCUGUACAGCGAAGUGAGAGAGCCGCAGGCGAUGCUGGAGGCCGGCGGCAGCUGGCUGAGAGCCCACGCCAACCAGAGGCUCCCCGAGCUGGGCUCGCUGCUGGAGCUGUACGUGGCGCAGGUGCUGCUGCCGCUGGGCCGCUUCGAGGGCGCCGAGGAGCUGGUGCGGGGCUGCGCCGCGCUGGACGGCGAGCGGCAGCUGGCACUGCUCGGCACCGUCUGCGAGAGCCGCCGCCGCUGGGCUCGGCGGGAGGAGACUCUGGGGAGCUCGGCCGCCGAGGAGCAGCAAGACCCAGCCGCAGAAACUGUUCUGGGAAUGCUGUCCCAAAAGCUCCUGACCAUGUUGACGCUGCUACGUAGAGCACUGAGGUCCAUGUCAAACCACUUCUAUUUACUUCCUUACAAGAAGAUGCUCUUGGCUACUUUUUUGCUGUACCUGGUGGUGGUGAGAUUAGACCCAGCUUCUCCCACGUCACUGCCAUUCAUUUACAAACUGGUCCAGCUCUUCCGACAGGCUUGGGCAGCUGUGCUUUCUCCAAUCCAUAGGCCUCCAAUUCGAGACUAAGUGUCUUCCUCCACUAAAAGUGUCACCUUGUCUUG